CCCUUCUCCCGUAUAAAAGCCAGCCAAUAUUUCACUCAACAUUAUCACUCGACAAACACUCAAUUAAAACAUGUUUAGCUACAGUCUCAUCCUCCUCUCUCUCCAAUUUCUACUCCAAGUCAAUGGAGUCGAAAUUGAAAUCGACGCCACCGCCGCGGCAAAAUAUGAAUCCUGCUGCGUCGAAGACCUCCGCACCUCAAUUGCCUCCUAUUACGACAAAAUGUCCGCCCAUUUCGCUUAUCCGGGUUACACACCCCCACAAAAGUUAAAGUUCAUCCUAGAACUUCGAGCUGAAGACACCAAUGGUCAUGGAAUGUCGAGUCAUGACAAUAUUUACACUGCCCACUGGCUCGGAGCGGAGGACACGAUCAACCCCUUCGUCCAACGCAUGAUCCUUGAAUCGUCAUUCUGGUCGAUUGAGUCCUUCCCGAAUGACAUGGCUAACAAAUGGUUGCAAAAAUGCUUCGUUAACUACGCCUACAUGUAUUUGCAUGAUACCUCCGACGAGAGUAAGGAAAGGCCGGAUACCACCGAUAAGACCAAAGGGCCUAAAAAUGCGUCCCCAAGGGAAUGCGCGUACUGGAUGAACUAUGUCGUCAAGUCGACUGGAGGGAAGCCUGACGUGGCGCAGAAAGUUUUUAAGCUGGCGCGAGAAGGUAAAUAUACCGACGCCGUGUGGAAACAAUUAACGGGCAAAAGUGGGAAGCAACUUUGGGAUGAGAUGAAGUAAAAGGAAAUGGUGGAGAAAUCGUACCUGAUAUUUGAAUUUGUUAGGAAUUAUGUAAUCCAAAUUACAAUAUGGGAUUCUAUUUGUGUAGAAAUUUCAAACCGAUUGUGCAAAUUGAUUCAAUUUUGAUUAUAUUUAAUAAAUUUAAUGCAAAUUAUUACAAGUAA